GCGGUGCAGAAAGUGUGCUCUGAGUGCUCAAGAGUGGAGCACUGCAAUUAAAAUAUCGAAUACCAAACAUUGCACCAGGUCACUGAAUAUUUGUCAAAUUGAAUACGUUUUUGCACUGAGUGCACACUGAGUGCAACAGUGCGUCGAAUUGAAAACGCUAUAAUAUGAUAGCAAAGUGUUUAUUUUCUAGUGAUAAGGAUUAAUUAUUACGAGUGAUGUAGAUGGUGGUUGUUUACUCUUUCAUCUUAGGUGCCAAAUCCAGCAUGAUAUGCGGUUCGGUCAGGAUUAGUCGGAUACUUGUAUCUUGAUUUAGUGAUUACCGAUGAAUUAAUUAUUAUUUUAAUUCAUGCUUUAAUAUUAAUUAUUUUAAUGUACCAACGUUAUCUAUAAGUAUUAGAAUCAAUAACUUGAUGUGUUGAGUGUUGGCUUUGAAAAAUAUUACACGACUAGCAGUUGACUAAUUUCUUACUAUUUUUUUCAAUUUUCCGUUCGAUAUGAUUUGCAUUAUAUUCCUUGAUGACACCCGUAAGUCAUAAUAUUCACCUGAUGGCGUUGUUAUACAUGCAAUAUGAUGACUUCAUCAGCACGGGAGUUUAGUACAAGACAUCAUUAAGACCUGAAAUGCAAUUUUGCACUUUACAAAGGAAGAUACUUGGUGAAAUGCAGUUCCAAAUAUAAUGAGACUUGUUGAGUGAUCAUAUUAUAUAUUUAUGAAUAAUCAAAUUAGAAAAUUAUUAGACCAAAUUUAAUACUACACUUCAGGAUAGUAAGAAUUACAUUCUACUAAAAUGGAACAAAAUGCCAUGGAGGUAGUUAACGAAAAUGUGUUAGAUGAACAAGCUGAUGUUGAAAUGGAACAUCAGUAUGAAAAAAAAAUUGAAUGUAAAGCAGAAAAACAAGAGUCACUUGUUAGUUUGAAUGAAUUAACCAAAAAAUAUUGUGAUAUUAAAGAUGAACAACCAGAAAUUAAUGAACAUAAUAGCGAUGAAAAUAAUGAGUAUGUAAGCCGCACAGAUGUUAUUCAAUCACAACAAUUAAAAGGAGUCCCAUAUCAUGAAAAUUCAAGUGAAAUUGAAAUUAUACCACCAUUAAAUGAUGUUUUCAGUCAUAAAUUAGAAGCUGAACACGAUUUUGAAUUUGGUUUUAAACAAACUGAGGAUUUUAAUUUAAGCUGUGAUGAAACCAAUAUAAUUUCAAAUAGUUUUUCUGAUUCACUUUAUACGGACAAUUUUUCUUGUUCACUUUCUUUUAGCUUAUCUAAUCCAUCUAGUAGUAGUUCUCAUUUUUCUCGUUUGCCUAGAACAUUAAAUGAACAUUCAGAAUAUAGUUUUACUAAUGAAGAAGAUCUUUUAUUUAGUUAUCUUAAAGAAAUGUCUAAUGAUAAUCUUGAACCAAAAGAAGAUGUUGAGAAUUUUGAAACAUUGUCAUUAGUGAAGAGUAAUUUUAUUAAUGAUACAUUAGAAUACGAUCUUCUACAAUAUGUAUUAGAAAAUGUAAAAUUUGAAGAUGAUAAUGAAGUUGAUAGAAAUUCUGAAUGUUUUGUAGGAGACAGAAUAAUUAUUAAUCCUGAUAUAAUGUACAAUAUUGAACUUAGAUUACAUCUUAAGACAAUGCAACUCUUAGCUGAACAAAUUUCAAAAACACCUGAUGACCUAACACUGUUAAAUAGAUGUAUGGAAUUAAUAUUAAUUCCUGAAAUGAAAAAAGAGCGACACAAAAUUACUGAUGAAAGUACACCAUUUUGUGAAGAUAUUUCUGAAUCAAAUUUGUAUAAUAUUCAACACAAGAACUGGAAUAAAAUAAUAGUCAAUCAACCAGCAGUGCUCUCGCAUGUCAGAUUUGAUUAUACUUCAAAAGACACUUUAUAUCUUCUAAAAAACGAAUCUAUCGAAUACAUAAGAAGAUUAGUGGGCAUCAUGAAAAAAAAUUUUGAUAUUCAACCCGAAAGCUCUUCUUUGAGCAGUAUUGAUUCAAUUCAAAAUAGUCUUCAAGAGAUAGGCGUGGAAGGUGGUGUGAUGGAAUUGAUCAAACAUUAUGAAAAUUAUGUAUUUCUCAGGCGUAAAAGGUUAUUGAAAGAAUGUGAACACUUUGAAUCAAUAAUUAAUCAAUUUGUGAAACGUAUGUUAUUGACUCCUUCAGUAAAAAACAAAUAUUAUAAUACUCAAGAAUUCCUUGUUGAAAAACAAUCAACGAAUAAAAUCAAUGGUAUAGCAGAGAAUGUAUUCAGAGAAGAAAAAGCAUCCACAGCUGUUGAAUCUGGGCAUAUUGGUAAUAUAAAUACAGUUCCAGUUAAAUCUGAAAUUAUUGAUACAAGUACAGAUGAUAUUUAUAAUAGAAAGAUGUACUAUACAAAAUUUACUAACUCAGAUAUACAAUCUAACGAUCUCCUAAAAUGUUCACAUAUGCUCUGUGUUCCCCCAAAACCUAAAUCAAAUUUAUUUACAAGUAGAAAAUCAUUUUUAAGCACUGAAAAUUCAUCUAACCGACAGAAUGAAAAAAAUAAUUACCUUUUAAGAAAUAAAAAAGUUUUUGAUGUUUCUAAGUCUGAUUCUACUUCUACUUUUAAUAAAAAUAUUCCUAAUUUUGUUAAAUCCAUUGGAUUAGAUCAAGAAUCUUUCCAAAAAAUUAUUGAUGAGUUUAAAAAAACUUGCAAUCAUGAAUCUAGCAAAAACCCAGAUAUUGACAAUACAAUAGAAGUAAAUAACUAUUCCGAUAAUCCCAGUUGUGAACCAAUAUAAUAGUUUACAAUAUUAUGGGAGGGGGGAGUGUUUGUCUUUGUCUUACAAACAUAAAAUUCUAUUAAUUUGGAGAGAAUUAACUUAGUGUCAAAGUUGUACAUUAGAAUAUAGAACUGUAUUAGAUAAUUUACACUAUUAAAUUUAGCAGAUUGUCUAAAUUGAAACUCAUGAAAUAAUAAAUUGUUAACCUCAGUGAAUUUCAAUUUUUAGAGAGAAAACUAAAUAAAGUUAUUUUUAAAUAUAUACAGACAAAUCACGCUUUGACGGUAUUAGUUAGACAGUUGAUAAUUUUUUUAUAUUACAAUUUAAAUAAAAUCUUUCUUAAUAAAAUUACCGAAGUUUUUGGGGGCUCGUUUAUGAAUCAAUCAUUUUAGCUUAUGCCCCAUAGCCCAACCCUCUUGGUUCUCACCAUCCAAAAAAUGUUCAACAUGGCAAAUUUGCAUUCAGCAGAACCAAUUUUGAGCUAUUAAAAGUGAAAUUUACUUAGCAUAUUAUUUAAAG